GUAAAAGAAGGAACGCGCAACGGUCCCAACGUCCAUUCAGAACCACCUGCUCGUCGAGGAAGCAUCGGAUCUCUUGGUUCACCUGGUUCUACAGUUUAGAGAAAUUCGUCGGUAUACCAGUGAGGAACAAGAUGAGGAAGAACGCCGCUUCCGGUUUCCCGCUCUCCGUUUCCGUUUUCACGAUCAUCGUUCUGCUAUGUGUUACUGGAACGACCUAUGCUAAACGUGGCUGCUCAGCUUUUGGACAUUCUUGUUUCGGUGGUCACGGCAAGAGAUUCGAUCCACAUUUCCGGGAUCUUACAUUUCAAGGAAACGAGCUGCCAACAAGCGACAACACCCAUGAAACAGGUGUUUUCCGUCUGAGCAAUCAAUUCCUCAUUCCACAAGAAAAAUCUCGUGGACGACAAGAAGUAUUGUUUCCUCGUCGACAGGCGUCGUUGGGAUUUGAUCCUUACACAUUACCCUCCAUCGUCCGGCAAUGGUUGAUGUCACAUCAUUGUCUACAUCAGCCGGAAAUGGAACUCAAUAACAAAUAAAUGGAACUCAACAAUAAACAAAUGGAUAGGCAUUUCUACUGUAUUUUGAGUUUGGAUUUCGACAGGAAAUGUAUACUUAAAAAUUGAUACUUAAUUUUUGGUUAAGUAUUUUAAUUACCUACUUUUAUAUUUUAACGUUCAACAUGAUAUCUGCUUGAAGAUACCUUCUUUUAUAUAUAUUUUUUCUUUUUUUUUUAUAUAUGGUAUAUUAAUUUUAAAGAUUAUAUUUAAUUAUAUUUAAGUAGUAAUACUGUUCAUAUUAUAUACACAUAGUUCUCGUUGAAACAAUAAACAGAUGUUAUAUUUUAUUAUUGUUAUAUGUACCUGUAGACAUCUCUGUUUGUACAAUAAAACACAACUGUUAAUGUUUCACCCAAAACCAUGCAAAUAUAAAGUAGAACGAAUAAAACGUUAUUCCUUGAAAUAUUUGCUUAUCUUUUUCAAGGCGUGCUGUCUGCAAUAAUGUUAACCUAUUAAGGAUCAAAAUGGAAAAUGAUAAGGAUCAAAUUAAAUUGAAAUUCAUGUAAAAAAUGUUACAAAUCAAUUGCAGAAACAAUAAUUCAAUCUUCAUCUUUUUUAUAAUUUUUAAAGACACAUGAGAAAAAAAAAUAAUGUCAUUUUAUUGUUUCGCACAUAAAUGUAAUUGAUGACUAUUACUGCUGUAACUGUUUCUCAAAUCAUUUUAUUUG